AUGAAUAAAAAUGGCAAAUUUUCCAUGUUUAUUGAUGUACAACACGUGUUUUUCUUUCAAGUCACCACUGGGGUCAUGGCCAACACUUUUUUGCUUCUCUUCCAAGUCUUCAUAUUUUUUCUGGAGCACAAACCAAAGCCCACUGAUGUGACCAUUGGUCAUUUGGCCCUUAUCCACAUAGUGAUGCUCCUAUCUGCGGGAUUCAUAACUAUCGACAUAUUUGGGUUUCAGGACUUGGGAAACAGGAUCACAUGUAAAUGUGUUAUCUAUUUAUACAGAUUGAUGAGGGGCCUCUCUAUCUGUACCACGUGCCUACUGAGUGUCCUCCAGGCCAUCACCCUCAGCCCCAGAGCCUGUCCUUUGGCAAAGUUCAAACAGAAAUCCCUGCAUCAGAAUCUGUAUUGCUUUCUCUUUUUAUGGAUCUUCAAUAUGCUCAUCAAUGGUCGUUUCUUGAUCUCCACUGUUACCACUCCCAAUGUGACCUCACACAGUCUCAUGUUUGUCACUAGGUCCUGCUCUCUUUUGCCCAUUAGUUCCUUUCUCAAGUACAUGUCUUUGUCACUGAUGAUUUUCCAGCAUAUAUUGUUUAUAGGGCUCAUGGCACUUUCCAGUGGGUACAUGGUGAUUCUCUUGUACAAGCAUAAAAGACAAUCACAGCAUCUUCACUGCACCAAACUGUCUCCAAAAGUAUCCCCAGAACAAAGGGCCACGUGGACUAUUUUGUUGCUCAUGAGUUUCUUCAUUGUCAUGUACAUUUUGGACAGCGUUAUUGAGUACACCUCAGCAAUGUUGUGGAACCAUGACCCAAUCCGACAUUGUGUCCACAUGCUGUUUGGCAGUGGGUAUGCUACAGUCAGUCCCUUGGUGCUCAUCGGUACUGAAAGACGAUUGAUCAAGUGCUUUAUAUUCACUGGAGGGAAACAAAGUAAUUUUUUUUUGUUUCAUGAUAGGUAA